ACCAUGUGACCACAGUCACUGCAGGCAGACAGACGGAGAAAACUUGUGACCAAAGGCAGCAGGAGAAGCAGACUCAACGGUCCCCCCUUCACUCAACCUCUUCAUCUCCGCCAGACAACAUGGACUGCGGGAUUUUCACGUCCAAGACCGUCCUCCUCUUCCUCAGCCUGGUGUUUUGGGUUGCAGGAGCGGCGUUGGCCUAUGUCGGUGCCUACGUGAUCAAGAGCUAUGGCAACUUUGACAGUUUCAUUCAGGACAAGUACGCAUUGGUCCCAGCAGCUAUCAUCAUUGGCGUCAGCGUGGUGAUGUUCAUUUUUGGUCUGGUGGGAUGCUGCGCCACACUGUGGGAGUCCAAAGUCGGGCUUAGCUUCUUCUUUCUGAUCAUCAUGGGGAUCUUUGCAGCAGAAGUGGCUGCUCUGGUAUUUAGCUUCAUCUACCAAGGCAAGAUAAACGCAGACCUGGAGCGCUCCAUGAAUGAUGUCUUCAUGAAGUAUGAUGGACAGGGUGCUGAGACCAGAGCUGUGGACUACCUGCAGACUCAGUUGCAGUGCUGUGGUGUCAUGAAUUACACCAGCUGGUCCAACACCACCUGGUUUAGCAGCAACAACAAAACCGUACCUGCGUCCUGCUGUAAAAACACUCAGUGCACUGGCAGACUGGACCAACCGGACCAACUUAACACACAGGGUUGUGAGGUGAAGCUGGAUCGCCUCCUACAGGGUGUGUUGGGUUACGCCAUGCUGGUCAUUCUGGGCUUCGCCAUCAUCAAGUUCUUUGGGAUGCUGAGCGUUUGUGUGAUCACCUGUAAAACCGGCAGCCGGAGGAGAGGCUACCAACCUCUGUAUGCCUAAACCACUUCAUGCAACCACCUACCGCCUCUUCAUUUAGCUUGACUAGGUUUUACUGACAACUCAAUCAGCAAUAACACAUCCACGCCUAGUUUUAUUUAAAUAAUGGCAUGUAAAGUACACAAAAGUGGCAGACAGUGUCUCGAUAUUAAGGGGAUCUUGCCAGAGCGUUCCUCCACAUAUGAAAGCAGCACGAAUGUUCCUCUGACUUGUUAAAUCAUUUUGCUGAAUGUGGUUUUCAAUUUUGAGUUAUUGUUGUCUACAUUUUCCACUUUAGAUAUUUUCCAUAAGGUUGAGUGGCCCAAGGUCUCUGCACUGGUUCAGCCCAGCUACUGUGUUAUUCUCCGAUGAAGGACUUCAAACUGUAUUUUAAGCUUUUUGUGAUUGUGAACAAAAGGACAGCGGUUUAAUGUUUUCUUUAGGGUUGCAAUAUUUAUAGCCAACUGAGUGACUCAAUUGAAUAUUUAAAAGAAUAUAUAUAUAUAUAUACACAGACGCAUGCACGCACGUUUUAAGGUCAGUUAACUAUUGAGUUAUGUGACAAUUCUAAAUAGCUAGACUUUGGUUGUGUUUAUUAUGUUUCUAAAUUAAAAUGGGUGAACAUUUCACAAUAAUUUGGAGUUUGGAGCAGUUCAUAUCACAUCAUUGGUGUUGUUUCCUUGCCUUCAGUGGUUUUUGUGUUUUUACAAUCUUCCAUCAGUCUAUAUAGAUGGGCCAUACUGGCAGUUGAACACGUGUAUUAUGUGUAAUUAUGAAAUUAGGGGGAAACGGCUGUGUCUAAUCCCGUUGUCCUGUUGUGUCAUUUCCUAGCCUAUUUUCAAAAUGCAGGAUCAUUUAACAGCAGACCAGUGUUGCAGAGCAUCACAUGAAACGUGUCCCAGAGCGGUUGUCUCUCUUACCUCUUGACUCUGCUGAUAAAGAGGCCCUGAGUGCCGUACAUACGGAAGAUAGUAGCGUUCAUCUUACAUAAACCUUGUCAGUGUUCAGAAAGAUUAAUGCCAGUAUAUGUCCAUGCUCAUUAUAGUCAUCAAUCAUUGCAGAGCUCAGAUUAAAGGAUAAAUCACCUGUU